GCCCCCGCGGAGGCUUUCUGGAAGGGGCCUGCGCGGGGGACUUGGAGCUGAAGUGGCCGAGCUGUCAGGAGGAUUGUCUAAAGCCACAGGGAAAAUGGUGGAAAAUUCACCGUCUCCAUUGCCAGAAAGAGCGAUUUAUGGCUUUGUUCUUUUCUUAAGCUCCCAGUUUGGCUUCAUCUUGUAUCUCGUGUGGGCAUUUAUUCCUGAAUCUUGGCUAAACUCCUUGGGAUUAACCUAUUGGCCUCAAAAAUACUGGGCAAUUGCAUUGCCCGUCUACUUCCUCAUUACUAUAGUAGUUGGUUAUGUACUCUUAUUUGGAAUAAACAUGAUGAGUACCUCUCCACUCAACUCCAUUCAUACAAUCACAGAUAACUAUGCUAAAAAUCAACAGCAGAAGAAAUACCAAGAAGAGGCCAUCCCGGCAUUAAGAGAUAUUCCUAUUAGUGAAGUAAACCAAAUGUUCUUCCUGGCAACUAAAUAACUUUAUGCCAAAAACUAAAUUGUAUGGAGACUAACA